AUGACGAAGCUUGGCGACAAAUACCCAGGGAAAGUGAUUUUAAAUGAAAAUAUUGUCCAGGCCACAUGUGCUUACAUAAGUUUAGUCAUCGAACAAAACAAGUCAGGCAUUCUUGAUGAAACCUCUCAUGGUGUUCGUGGUCUUUUAACAUGUCUGGAAAGCAUUUUCUGCGAUGCACCCGGAGAUGCCUCUAAGUGGUGGAAAGGUUGGAAAUUGUGGCGUUGGGUUGCCCAAUCCUGUGAGAAUAUGCCCCAAAGUUGUGUUGGCUUAGUCAAUUCGUUGGAAAAUCUCCAAAGUGGUCUUGCCAAGCUCCGUGCCUUUUUGCGACUCGCCCUACAAUCCAAGCGCCUUCACUUGUAUCUCGAUGUUUUGUUCAAUUCUACGGAAGUCAUAAGCCGUGUAUAUCAUCCCACUGCAAUCCUACUCUCCACUCAUCUGGGAAGAAUUACUGACGCAGCUGUGGAAUUACAGUACCUAGACUUCUGUUUCGAUAUGAGGGCUGACGAGCUCAAUUUCCCAUACACUGGCCAAAUAGACUACGCUUUGUUGCUCAGCUUCACAAAUAGGUACCCGAAUUCAAAUGUCCUCGAUACCGGGUAUCACUUACAAAAGAACUUUUGUAAGCAAUGUCAGGAGUAUGCAGUCAAAGCUCUUUCAAGCGAAUCUCAGAAGAAAUAUCUGGAAGAUGUUGUCAGGGGUGCAAAUAAAAAGAUAGUGGCUUACGAGAGUGAGUUGGCCAGGUUGUUGGAUGACAAUCGCCGCCUUCGCUCUGCGUUUGAUCAGCUUCAGACCAAGUUCGCUUUGAUGCAUGAAGAGUACGCCCAACGACUACGACGGUUGGGUUUUGAUACUCAGGUGUUUCCAAUUCGCUUGAAACCCCAUUGGCGGGAUAUUUCAAGGCCUCAUCAGCGGUGGCGACCACCUGUCGAUUGGUCUGCAGUCGAGGCGACGGAGGACCUGAACGAUCUACGCGCGACUGAAACUCAGACCCAUGCCACUUCCUCUCCCCUCUCCCUCCCCCUAUUCCCUCAAAAGGGUCGCGGAGUGCCGACUCCAACGACUUUCUCUUCAACCGAAUCUCGGGUGCCGUUGAUGCACGUAAAACUAACCGACAAGCAGGUGUUUUCUCUCCAGCCUCGAUGUGUGGAAGGGGGCUCACGCGUAUCCAGUCCCAAAUGUGUGGAUAUGUCCGCCAUUGAAGCAACAGAAGAUCUUGACGUAGUCGAUCUACUCUAUGAGCCAAAUAUCGCGAGCAGUACUUUCUCGCGGAUGAGACCUCUUCUACGUGUUGAGCGCCCAAGACCACGGAGCUUCCAGUUUGCGAUGGGUGAGCAGGAGGCGUUAGAGUGCUCCGAAGUGUACCGUCUUCCGGGUGCGACUAAUGCCAUCUCGCCCUUUACAAGUGGAUCGCUUCUCGACCUCUCUCAACUGCUGGUCACCGUGAAGCCCAGCAAUAUCAACUAUCGCGCUCGCUUCUCGGUACCCAAGACGGUGGUCGGGGGAUCGUCGCGGCGGUCGCCACCUCAGCUGGAUCUGCUUUCUGAACUACAGCAAACAGACAGCAGUUUCCCCCUCACCGGCCUCUCUUUGCUGACGUCAGAAGAGGGUGGGGACGGUGGUGGAGGAGGAGGAGGCGAGGAGACAGAAGGUGCCUGUUCUACCUCUGACCAGGUCUCCGAUAUCGUCAAUGAGGUUGCACCGGAGGAGGAAAUUGUCUUUGGCUCCUCGGCGAGCGGCGGCGAUUGCGGCGGGUGCACCACGACUACGAGCUCCAGCAGAAACACUGUCCUCACUAGUACUUCCACCAUUCGGCCUACGAAUGUCUCCAGCUCUCUCGCCUCGUCUCUGAGCAUUCACGAGGCCAAGGCCGCAACAGAGCCCCCAAGGGGCACAUUUCGCCGGUCGACUUCGGACUUGCCCGCCACGACGACCGCGUCGAUGACAUUGACGAGCACCACGGGGCGCUGCCAACGCCAUGUCGUUUCUCCGCCCUGCUUCACUCCCACCUCCCUGCUUCCGCAGCUCAAUAUCUGA